AUGAGGAAGGAGCCGCUCCAGGCGGACCUGCAGCGGGCCCGGCUGAGUGAGAACACCCGGCUGGCGACCCGCUACGCGGUCCGGAUCUUCAGGGAGUACCUGAGCGACAGAGCCCAGAGCCCGGACUUCGAAACUCUGGACAAGGACGCGCUGUGCGCGCUGCUGCGCUCCUUUUACGCGGAGGCGCGCUCCAAGAGCGGCCAGCUGUACAGCAAGUCGUCCCUCAUCAGCAUCCGCAGCUCCCUCAACCGGUACCUGAACGAGCCGCCGUUCUGCCGCACCCUGGACCUCACCAAGGACCCGGAGCUGCGCAGCGCCAACCUGGCCCUGGCCGCGGUCAUCCGCCGGCUGGAGGAGCAGGGCGCCGGUCCCGUGGUGCAGAAGCAGGCCAUCGCGCGCUCGGACCUGCGCAGGCUCUACGAGUCCCCGGUGUUCGGCACCGACACGCCGUUCGGGCUGCUCAACAAGGUCUGGUUCGAGACCUGCAUGUACUUCUGCACGCGGGGGAGGGAGAACCAGCGCGAGUUGGAGGAGGACUCGUUCGGCCUGGCCGCGGACGCGCGCGGGAGGAGGUUCGUGUACUUGAAGGCGCUCGGGCCGGACCGCCACAAGUCGCGCUCCCCCGCCUGGGCCAGGAGGAGUCCGGACGCGGACGAGGACGCGCCGCCGCGCAUGUACGAGACGGGCACGGAUCGGUGUCCGUACGCCAGCUUCGUGCGCUACGUGUCCAAGCGGAACCGGCUGUGCGCGGCCUUCUUCCAGCGGCCGCGGGACCACUGCUGCGCGCGCGACGCCACCUGGUUCGAGAACAAAGCCAUCGGGAAGAACCUGCUGGGCACGCGGAUGCAGAUGCUGUCGCGCGCCGCCAAGCUCUCCAAGACCUACACCAACCACUGCAUCGGCGCCGUCUCCAUAGCAACGCUCAACGGCGUGGUGGGAGGCGCCGCCAGGACGCGGACACGCCUCCUGCGCCGCGUGCGCGAGGGCUCCGCGACUGACGUCCCGGGAGGGGGGCAGGUGGAGGAGAAGGAGGACCCCCGGUCCCGGUCCCGGUCCCGGUCCCCGGUGUCAGGUCCAGCACAGGUCCCCUCGCCGUCUCCGUGCGGCGUCCCGGCGCCGGCGAGGCUCACCAAGGCCAACGCCCCGGUGCACAUCGACGUGGGGGGGCACGUGUACACCAGCAGCUUGGCAACGCUCACCAAGUACCCCGAGUCCAGGAUCGGCCGACUGUUUUGCGGGACGGAACCCAUCGUGCUGGACACUCUGAAGCAGCACUACUUCAUCAACAGAGACGGACCCAUGUUCAGAUACAUCCUCAACUUCCUGAGGACGUCCAGGCUGCUCAUCCCCGACGACUUCCAGGAGUACUCCCUGCUGUACGAAGAGGCCUCGUUCUUCCAGCUGGCUCCUCUGCAGGCCGAGCUGGAGCGCUGGAGAACCCGGCGAGUUCCCGAGCCGCCGGUCUCCGACUGUCAGUGUGUUCUUGUCCACGUGGUUCCGGAGCCGGGCGAGAGAAUCAGCGUGAGCACCCAGCAGGCGGUGAUGGAGGAGGUGUUUCCAGAAGUGAGGGUGAGGGACGCCAUGUUGGAUUCUCAGAACCAGGACUCGGCCUACGCGGUCCGGUUCCCUCUCAGCGCGUACUGCCAGCUGAGCUCGGUCCAGGUGUUGGAGCGGUUCCAGCAGAAAGGAUUCUGGAUCACGGGCUCCUGUGGCGGCGGCGUAGACUCAUCUCACUUCAGUCACUACGUUCUCCGGAGGGACGGCGGGGGCUGCCCCUCAGUCAGUCCCCUCAAACACUGGCUUCUGGACCAGGAGCAGGACCAAGACCAGGAGCAGGACUAGGAGUAGGACCAGGACCAAGGCCAGGAGUUGGAGUCAGACCACGACCAGCAGUAAGGGUAGGACCAGGACCAAGCCCGGGAGCAGGAGUAGGAGUAAGAUCAGGACCAGGAGUAGGAGCAGGAGUAUGAGUAGGACCAGGACCAUGAUUGAAAAAGUUGCGUUUUCACCCGUUUCCAUGGAGACGGAGUCGGAGCGUUCUCUAAACGUUCUCCGUGUGGUUUUGUGUUUUCACUUGAAAACACGGCGGCUGAACUGAGGCCUGAGCAGGAGCAGUUCGACUGACUCUUCUUCAUCACAUUGAUGCAUAACAUGAGGCAGAACAGGUCCGGCUGUUGUUUCUGAUUGUUGGAAGCCACGACAAUGGAACCUUCACCUUUCAUUCUACUGAAUGCAUCAA